GCUUCUGCUGAUGAGCAGAGCAAAGCGGAGCAUGGCAGAGAGUGGUAACCAGCCAGCCAUGUCAGUACCAGGAAACCAACCAAUUUCAAUAAAUGCUACCAUUUCUGAUACGACAGAGUGGUCAUAUACCCUGAAUAACACCAACCGCUUGUGAAUGGCUACAAAAGCUGUGCAUUUUCUUCCUGUUUUGCUCAGGGACAUAAUAUUUAAUCAGUAUUAUCGGGGUGAAUGUGUAUAUGUGGGCCUGUAUGUAUCAUUCUGCCACCAUGUAAUUCAGAGACAAUGUGCAAUAAUUUCAAACUUGUUCACCCAAGGCUUGUAAAUAACAAACAUUGUUUUUGUUUGUUUUGGCAAACUCAAGAAUGAAGCAUCAUUUAUGUCUGUUUCUGAGGUGCUGAAUCUUUGGCAACAAUACUGUGUCUGGCUCAGCAGCGGCAACCAAAGAGCCUCGCUCAGCUCAGAUUCAUUUGAAUAAUUGAAAUGUACCUAGUUUUAUUUAAAUGGGUAGACCUAUGCAUUGAUAUGCGAUAGUAUUAUUAUGCUUUUUCACAUGCAAUACAUAUUUUUCUGGACAUGGAACAUCCCUGUUGUUUUCAUGGGCCUGUUCCAUGUGAAAGAACCAAAGCGGGCACAUGCAAAGCUUCUGAUCCAACUCACCCCUGUAGCCACGCGGUGACCUCAGCUGGAAACCGCGCUGAUCUCCUCGCCUUCGAAUAGACUAACCAAAGGGCUGCUUCGACACGCACAUUUUCCGUCGCCUGAGAACUCCGUAUAAACACCGGGUAGGGCUGAGUUUAGACGGUUCGCAGACAGGACAGGAAGUGUGUCCCCAGUCUGACUCCCAGCAGCCCGUCUCUGCAGAUCCGGAUAGUGGGCGGCCGGAGCAAUUACGAAGGCCGGCUCGAGGUUCGGGUUGGGGCCAAGUGGGGCACAGUGUGCAGCACAGGCUGGACCACAAAGGAGGCCAUGGUGGCUUGCAGGCAGCUAGGGCUGGGCUACUCCAUGCAUGCUGUCACCGAAACUUGGUACUGGGAUAGCAGUAACGUCACGGAGAUGGUGAUGAGCGGCGUGAAGUGCACAGGAAGUGAGAUGGCUCUGAGUCAUUGCCAGCAUCACAAAACUGUCAGCUGCCAGAAAGCGGCCGCCAAGUUUUCAGCGGGCGUCAUCUGCUCAGAGACGGCCUCUGACCUCGUUCUGAAUGCUCCUCUGGUCCAGCAGACGGUUUAUAUCGAGGACCGUCCUCUGCAUAUGCUCUACUGUGCCGCUGAGGAGGACUGCCUGUCUAAAUCUGCGGCAAAAGCCAACUGGCCGUACGGACACCGAAGGCUGCUCCGCUUCUCCUCUCAGAUUCACAACAUCGGUCGGGCCGACUUUAAGCCCAAAGCAGGGCGGCACUCCUGGGUGUGGCAUGCUUGUCACGGCCACUAUCACAGCAUGGAUAUCUUCACCCACUAUGACCUGCUGAAUGCUAAUGGAACCAAAGUGGCAGAAGGCCACAAAGCCAGUUUCUGCUUGGAGGACACAGAGUGUCAAGAGGGUGUUUCGAAACGAUACGAGUGUGCCAACUUUGGCGAUCAAGGCAUCACCGUUGGUUGCUGGGAUCUGUACCGGCAUGACAUCGACUGCCAGUGGCUUGACAUCACAGACGUCAAACCCGGAAACUACAUCAUGCAGGUCGUGAUCAAUCCAAACUACGAAGUGGCAGAGAGCGACUUCACAAACAAUGGCAUGAAAUGCAACUGCAAAUACGACGGACACAGGAUUUGGCUCCAUAACUGCCACAUUGGUGAUGCGUUCAGUGAGGAGGCCGAGAAGCGAUUCGAGAAAUACCCCGGACAGAUAAACAACAAGAUCUCCUAAUCGGGACUCACUAUAGAACCAAACGCAGACCACAGUGUGGGGAUGGAUGAAUAGAAACACACAUCCCUAGUUUGUGCAGAAACACACAAAGCCUUUGUUUUCAGGUGCUUACAUGGAUCCCCACCACCUUAUUUCUUCGUAGCUGUGUCGUUGUUAUACUUGAAUAUUCAAGUGGUAAUGAUUAUGUCCUCUAGUUUAAUGUGAGUUUAUGCUGUUUUUGACAAAUUCUAGAUUUUAUAGUCUAUGUUUGACGUGAUGUACAGUCUUCUAUUGAAUGUUUUAGUUGCAAGACCUGAAGGAAGCUUCCAUUUUUAGUUUUGAGACAUUAUGCAACUAGAUUUUUUUGCUUUUGGUACGCAGAUUCCAGUCCAGGAUCCCGAUAAGGCUUUGACCUCACACCUAAUUUGUCUUUAGUGACCUGUACAAAAUCCACAGCCUUAGACCUACAGCUCCUUGGAAAAUGUUGUAUGCCUUUCGCCUUUGCGUUUCAUCAACAAACCUCAGUACAUUUUAUUUGGAUUUCCUGUGCUUGACCAACUGAUAGCGUCUGCUGUAAAACAUAGAGGUGGCAGCAUCAUGCUGUGGAGAUGCUGCAUCUCUAGCAGAGAUGGUUUGAAGAUGGAAGGAGCUACCGGUAAAUACCAGGAAGUUUCAGGCAUUAGGGGUCAGUAUCUGGUUGUAACAUGACAAGAGGAGGGGAACAAAUUUAAAGAGAUGCAGCUUUAUCACUGUCCUGAUAAUGGGCUAAAAGGACCUUUUUUUUUUUUUUAUUGAGCGUUUUGCCCUGAUUUGAUCAGCAUAGCGUAAAUGUGACCAAACACCUUUGAAAAACGUCCAGGUUUUAUCCGUCCGCCAUUCGAAAUUUGCAUAUGCAGUUUAUGACUGCUUGGUUGGCUGGAACAGUUGCAAUAUUUUUGUGAAUGUAUUUAUUUCCGGUAUCCAGGUGGUCAUAAACCGUUUGUGUUUGCAAGCAAAUCUUUCACAUCGAUCGAUGGUUUAAACCAGCUCGAAGCUGGAUGUUGUUUCGGUCGGGGUUUAUUUCGGUCAUUUAGUCGUUGACGACCCUCUGCACUUGCAAAAAAAAAGAAAGAAAACCUGCCAUUACAGGAAGACGUGUAUGUAUGCUGAUAUAACCACACCUGCUGCAUCAAAUAAAGCUAAAAUGAACGAUC